AUGGACGCUUCUCUGCAUUUUCAAGAAUUCGGCCAAGGCCUUCCUGUGCUGCUCAUCCACGGAUGGGAGCUCAGCAGUGUCUCUGAGCAGUCCGAUUUUGAGCCGGUGCUCAGCAAAAUCCGCGGCUUGCGCAGAAUAUAUGUCGAUCUUCCUGGUAUGGGCAAGUCGCCAGCCAACAAUGCGCAGAAUCUAGACGACAUGUACAACCGCUUGGUCGCUUUUAUAGACACACAUAUCGGCAAAGAGCGCUUCCUCAUCAGCGGCUCCUCUGCUGGUGGUCACAUUGCACGCGGCAUAGCGCAAAAGUACAAGGAUCAAGCGGAUGGCUUGCUGUUACGCGUGCCCGCUGUCGAAACAGACAAUAGCAAACGGGAUCUCGAUCCAUUUGAGCCGCUCAUCACAGACACCCAGGCCACGGAGAGUCUAUCACCGGCCGACAACACCCUCCUAGGAGGCAUUGCCAUACAGACUGCAGCUUAUAUCAAACUAUUCAAGCAAAAGGUUGAGCAAGUCUAUCACCCUGCCGAGUCAACCGCCGACAUGGCCACGCUCAACACCAUCCGCUCAGACCCCAGCAAAUACACGCUUUCUUUUUCAACAGACACCAUCUUUCCUGCACCGACCCUGAUUCUGUCCGGCAAGCAAGAUGUCGUGACGGGCUACAGAGAUCCGUACCGCGUGCUCAAGUACUAUCCACGAGCUACAUUCGCGGCACUGGACCGAGCAACGCACGAUCUUCCCGUCGAUGAGGCCGAGAAUGCCCUCUUUGCAGCACUAGUCAAGGACUGGAUAUUCCGUGUUGAAGAGUGGCGAGCAGCCCAUAAGCAAGCCUAG